AGCUUUCCCCCAUCCUCAGAGAUAUCAUUCGCAAACCCAUUUUCCCUCAGAAGAUUCCAUAUCACCUCGCACAGAAAAUGCAUUUCUCCUUCCUCGCCGUUGUUACUUUGUUGACAGCGUCCAUGUCUGUUAGUGCAUGUGGCGAAACACCGUGCGCAUCAAGUACGGAUUGCUGUUCGAACUAUCUUUGUAUAGAACCACCUGGGUCACAUGACCCACCUGCGCGCCUUAGCAAGCAGCGCACUGCAUCCACAAUUAAAGUUGAGCCGGCAGUCCUAGUGGUGCAUCGCGACAGUGAGUCACGCUUCUGCUUUUGCCUUGGUAUCAUGUUGUUUGUGGAUAAAUUUUCGUGCUGCUCGACCAAUGUAAAUGUUUGGAUUUAUCUGAAAAUGAUCAACUGUGCCUAGUCUUGCUCGUGGUUCACUAAGCUUGAGUUCGAGAG